UUUUCGGUUGUUGUUAGURUGUCGGCAGUAUUUCAUGGGUACUGUGUACGAUACGAAACUAGUUGAAAUACAACUGUAAUACCCUUCAUUCAUCACUAGACUGACUGGAGCUAGAUAAGGGUAACGUCAGGUCAAAGGAUUAGUGCGGGGAUGAGUCAUGAAUGCCACAAGUUCUGACCAGCACGAACCGCAAGCCCUGAAAACGAGAUAUGAAUGGUAUAAACGAUUGGUUAUAGCUAAAUGCACAAUUACAACAAGGACUGAGCCAAACCACUGUUCUAGCUGUGUGGGACACGGUACACGAGGCAUGACCGGAUGACCUUGGUGAAAACAGACUGUCAAAAAGAUUACACUUGAAUGGCUUUACCACACUGAAUAGGCCGCCUCAUUUGGUGUCUAGUAGACCUCGAGACGAGAGCAUAUUCUGAGAUUGUUGCAGAAUUGAAGAAAAGAACCACAACAAAAAAUCAGAAAAUGAAGUCCUGCAAUCAAGGUAAAACUCCAGAUGGACCCUGCUACAGUGUAGCUACUACAAUGGGAAAAGAAAUGUCAGUAAAGGCCGGCAAAACUAACAAUGGUCUUCCCCGACUUCCAACGCUGCCUGUCAUAGAACACCCAAGCUCAAAACAUGUAAAAGGCGACUUAGAAGUUCAYGGUUCUUCAAGCUCACAGAAUGAAAAUACAGCCAAAAAUAAGGGUCCUUUACCGCCUCUACGAAACGAAGAUAGUCGUUAUUCUCGAGAGAAAGGAAGACGACAUUCUAGAGGUGCAACAUGGCCUGCUGAUUUAGGUAAUGGACGUGGUAUUCGGCCAUUGACACACAAGAAAACAGUUGAUGAGUUAGAGGAGCUUAUCUACGAUAAACUAGCCUCUGGUUUUUAUGGUGUCAGACAAGCAUUCAAGUCCAAUGAUYGCCAAGGAAAAGGAAAUAUUUCAAGCACUAAUGAAAACGGCACAAACGUUGAAAAGAACGGCAUUGUGCAAAAAGAAUGGGUUGACCCUAUAGUACGGCCUACCAGCAUGCAAGUAAAUAGUCUUCCAGCAAACAAACUAAGAAUCACCCAAAGAGAAGCGCAGUCAAAGAAGGAAGGUGAAAUGACAGCAAAACAAGGAAAAAAGAUUGCUCCUAAAUAUUACACUGCGCUACAAGUCUUUCCCAUGAUGAAACGAAAAGCAAACGAAAACUUUAUAGAAUUUGCAAAGUUGCUUCCCUCAUCGUGUUUUGAGGAAGAAAGCAUGGUCUUGAAACCACAGCUACGAUACGCACUUUAUUCCAUGAAUAUACACAUGUAUGAUGAUGAGUACGACAAGGUCUGGGACAGAGUGGAUCGCAGUGGAAUGGGAGCAGUUGCUACGCAUCUCUUCUUCAAGUCUCUUGGACUCCAUACUCGACACCAUUCAACCGAAAAGAAAACCACAGACUAUCACGUGCCCGUARUGAUCGAGGAAGARCCCGAAGAACCACAGGAACCCCAAGCCAUACAACAACACGAAGAACAACACGAAAAACAACUAUCAAAGACUGAUGAAGUUAAAGAGGAUGACCACAAAACAAGAACGGCUGAGUCAGGCUUGUCAGAGACAAACGUAGUGAAUGGAGAUCUAUUGAAGGUUUUAGAAGUCAAGUUCAGGCAUGGCUACAACAGCAUCCUUGACUUSUUUGCCAAAUACGACACGCAGAGCACUGGAAUGGUCAGCAGAGGAGAAUUUCGUCGCGUUUUGUCAAUGUGUCGUUUAAAUCUUGGGCCUGUAGAAGUAGAACUCUUUCUGUCCAGGUUUGGCGUUCGUGAGCAGAAGAUGGUUCCUUAUCGUAAGAUAUUGGAUGCUUUUGAGGACCGAACUGAAAAAGGGCUCCUACAGAAAAUACUCGAAGAUUCAAAACACAGAUUCAACAGAAGUAGAGAAUCCGACAUUGGUAACACGACAGCUGUUGAUGCUGAAGCAAAACUACUUGACAUUCUUCAUGCAGACUUCCUGGCGUUACUCGCAGCAUUCAAGCAACUUGACCGUGAAAACCUAGGACUAAUCAAGAAAUACCAGUUCCAGGAGAUGCUUGAUGCGCGKUUUGGCGUCAAGUUGACGAAAGAUCAGAUAAGCGAAAUGCUUAAGAAAAUAGGGGCAGAAACUGCUGAUGGACUGGUAUUGUACGGGCGAUUCUUAGAGGAGUUCAGCGCUUUAAGGGACCAUAACAUGCAUGCAGACGUCCAAGAUCGCCCACCAACAACUAAUUCCAUGCGACCAUCAACCUGCCCUACCCGACCCCUGUCAGUACAGAGUGUGAGGUCCCACGUAGGGGUGGACAGGAGUACUUCUUUUGCUGAUAUAAAGAAAUCUACACCARCAUCACGUGAUGUUGACCAGUUGAUGGCCGAGAUGGGACAUCUGCUSACAGACAAAUUCCAAGUGAUCAACAAGACUUUCAUUGGAAUUGACAAGGUUUCCAGGAACUGUGGGAAUUUGACGAGGGAAACGUUCCGAAAACUAUUCCAAAGACACAGUUUGAGGUUGAGUCCUAGCGAAGUGGAUAAUCUGUGGAAGAAAYUACCAAUAGAACGAGAUGGUACAAUGAACUUUAUCGAGCUGGUUAAGACAUGUUUCACUGCUGCAGGGAAAACACCGCCAGGAGAUCACGAUGAUUACCAAACUAAAGGUUUGUCACGAGCCCUCCAAAACUUCGCUCGCGCUCACGUCAGAAAAACUCUCGAGAAUUUCCAAGAGGAGGAAGAAGAAAAUCAAUACAAUGAUAUACCCUAUGAGGCAUGUGUGACGUCAUCACUAGACAAGACUGAAGAGCCACAUGMCAAUGACGUCAGACCCAAGGAAGGAGAAAGACCCAAGUUUGACGUCAUAAUGGCACGCAUUAAAAAUGAGGUGCGGGAGAAUUUCAACCAAGUCAAAGAUGGUUUCCAUGCUGCAAGAAACCAGGACCAAAACACCAUCAAUACAGAUCUAUUUACGGAAAUUCUUUUAAAGCAUUGCAACAGCUUAAGCGGGCUUGAGUGUGAUGUACUGGUCCAGAGGUUCGACAGAGACAAAACAGGACGUGUCAGAUACAAGGACUUUCUCAAUGUAUUCCUACCCACAAUGCCAGAGGGUACGGAUCCUAUCGCGUCUCCUUGGCAACCAAAUCAUGGGAGAGCCAAGACCUAUCCAGAAAGACGGCGAGUGUCUUCCAAUGAAGCACUUCAUUCCAUCAUGAAUCAAAUAAGAAACAAGAUGAUUUUAGAUUGGAAAGCGUUGCGUCGAGCCAUGAAAAAGUCAGAUARGAAUGGUGAUGGAAUGAUUACUGUAUCAGACUUCAAAACAGUCAUGAAAGCUUUCGGUUUUUCCCUGGAUGAAGAAGACUUCUAUCAUAUUUUUUCGGCAUUUGAUGUAAAUAUGGAUGGUAGGAUUUCAUAUGUGGCUUUCAUGAAGGAAGCACUCAUGUAAUCAUAGCUGGAUGUAGG